AUGGCUGACACAUUAAAGGAGACAAUUUCUCAGAGUCUGGAGUGUCCUGUAUGCCUGAGUAUCUUUACUGAUCCCAAAAUCCUGUCUUGUUCUCACACCUACUGCAAGGGCUGCCUGAAGAACCUUUUCGAGUGCAGUGACAAUGACCAGACCAUCCGUUGUCCUGUAUGCAGAGCAGAGACCCAGGUUCAUAACGAAGAUAUCGGACAACUCCAGACAAAUCUUGGCUUGAAGAAUCUCAUAGACGACGUCAAGAAUCGACUUCCGGUUUGUACGAAUUGUAAAUCCGAGGACCAGCCCAAUACUGUUGUCUACUGCCAAGAGUGUGGAAAGUAUCUCUGUGUCACAUGUCAAAAUACGCAUUCUCAAUGGGAAGACUUCAUUAGUCAUACAAUCACAUCCGUGAGUGAGAUCUCAUCAGGAAAGAUUACAGAUCGAAGAUACCGGAAGUGCAGAAAGCAUCCAAAAGAAUACGAGGAGUGCUUUUGUCGUAACUGUAGGAGAUUUGCAUGCUUCAGGUGUGUUGUCAUGGAGCAUAAUGACGAAGGACAUAUGAUCACUGGGGGAAAUGAUUAUGAAAGCCAGCACAUGAAGGUUAUCGAGGAUCUCAAAGCAAAGGUUGAGAAGAAACGCUCUUGCUUCCAGGGGUACGUUGAUUUCAUAGAGGAAAAGAAGGAAAUUGUGAGCAAUACCCAAAAGCAGUGCACUAAUGAAAUCAACAAAACGUACGAAGAAAUGGUCUUAAUGCUGCAACAGCAAAGAAGAAUCCUCGUUGGUGAAGUCAAUGAGAGGGCUGACGACGUAGAAAAAGGACUGGACGAAAUGAAGAUGUCGGCUCAGAAGCACAUCAUUCGUUUGGCCACGAUAGGUGACAUCAUAACCACUAAGACAAAUUUGCCGUUAGACAAGGAUACUCUGGCUGCUCAUGACACGCUUUGUGAAGUCUUGGAUGAGGCCUUGAAGAAAAAAGAUCCUGACUACGAGCUCUCCAGAAAAUUAAGCAAGAAAGGAGAAGGCCUAACAUAUGAGAGAAAAAUGGGAAAAGACAAAAUAAAUCUUGGGACGAUCGUAGAUUCAUCACCUGUAAAGAAUGUUGUUGCCUUGCGAAAUAAGAAAAGCAUGGUUGGCAUGGCUGUUUCACUGCUUAUCAUCACAUAUGUAGUCUUUUCAGUAUUGCCUUCAACCUUAGCUUGCAUGGUUCUAUUUACUUUGUAUUGGAAAUGGCAUUAG